GCGAGCUCCCCUGGGCCGGCCAGGCAGGUUGGGCCCCGCCUCGGCUCGGGCCCCGCCCGCGCUCCCCCGAAGGCGCGGGUUGGGGGGCGGGGGAGCCCAGGAGCGGCGCGGCUCUGCCACCGGCUGACGCACCGUCGGAAAGUUGCGCUCGGACCUUCUCCCACCUCGUACUUUCUUCCCGGGACGCCGCUGUAGACUUGGAGCUGGGUGGGGAGGACCCGGGCCGAGGCGUGAGCAGAGCGGACUGUCCCGGUCUCGGCGAGGAGCCCGCUGCCCCUUACUCGCGGUGCCCAGCGCGGUGGUGGCACAAACUUUCUGGACUGUCCCCGGACAGUCCUGGCGAGUCCCGCUCCGGGCCGGGAGGAGGAGGCGCGGCCGCUGACAGAUUUUGGAAGUCUUCUUCUGGGAGUUGCCAGCAGUGCCAAGUGUUGGAGAAAUCUUUUCUGCCCCUCUGAUAGAGUGAAGUGAGCAAACGCAACCUAGCAGAAGGCUGGUGAAGAGAACACUCACAGGUUUCGAAGGUGACAGUGAAAUGUGAAGAAGUUACAUUUCUACUGUGAUACUUGAAAGUUAGUGACUGCUUACCAAAUUUUCAUGAAAAUUAAAUAUGACUUAGAAGCAUUUGGUUUAUGAAGGCUUAUGAUGUCAUCGGUUGCGACAGAAGGCAAACUCCGGCAGGCUGUGAGCUUGCAGGGAGUUGACCCAGAAACAUGCAUGAUUGUAUUUAAAAACCACUGGGCGCAGGUUGUGAAAAUCUUAGAGAAGCAUGACCCCUUGAAGAACACCCAGGCAAAAUAUGGGGUCAUCCCUCCAGACGAGGCCAGUGCUGUACAGAACUAUGUAGAACACAUGCUCUUUUUGCUGAUUGAAGAGCAAGCCAGGGAUGCUGCCAUGGGGCCAAUCCUGGAAUUUGUGGUCUCUGAGAACAUCAUGGAGAAACUCUUCCUUUGGAGUCUGAGACGGGAAUUUACUGAUGAGACUAAAAUGGAGCAGCUAAAGAUGUAUGAGAUGUUGAUCACCCAGUCCCACCAGCCUCUGCUGCACCACAAGCCCAUCCUGAAGCCCCUGAUGAUGUUGCUGAGCUCUUGUUCAGGAACAACCACCCCCACUGUGGAGGGGAAGCUGGUGGUCCUGCUCAAUCAGCUCUGUUCCAUUCUUGCCAAAGAUCCAUCCAUCCUGGAACUCUUCUUCCACACUAGCGAGGACCAAGGGGCUGCCAACUUCCUCAUCUUCUCCCUUCUGAUUCCCUUCAUUCACCGGGAGGGGACUGUAGGCCAGCAGGCCCGGGAUGCUUUGCUCUUCAUCAUGUCUCUGUCUGCUGAGAACAGCAUGGUGGCCCGUCACAUCGUGGAGAACACCUACUUUUGUCCAGUGCUUGCCACCGGGCUCAGUGGUCUCUACUCUUCCCUGCCUACCAAGCUGGAAGAGAAAGAUGAGGAAUGGCACUGCCUUCUGAAGGACGACUGGCUCCUGCUCCCUCCCCUGGUCCAGUUCAUGAACUCCCUUGAGUUCUGCAACGCCGUCAUUCAGGUGGCUCACCCCUUGAUUCGUAAUCAGCUUGUCAAUUAUAUUUACAAUGGAUUCUUGGUACCAGUCUUGGCUCCAGCUCUCCAUAAGGUGACUGUGGAGGAGGUCAUGACCACAACUGCAUAUCUGGACCUUUUUCUGCGUAGCAUCUCCGAGCCAGCACUACUUGAGAUCUUCCUCCGUUUUAUCCUGUUGCACCAGCAUGAGAACGUCCACAUCCUAGAUACUCUCACGAGCCGAAUCAACACCCCAUUUCGGCUUUGUGUGGUGUCCCUGGCAUUAUUUAGAACUCUCAUCGGUUUACACUGUGAAGAUGUGAUGUUACAACUAAUUCUAAGGUAUCUGAUCCCUUGCAAUCACAUGAUGCUGAGUCAGAGGUGGGCUGUGAAGGAGAGAGACUGUUACUCUGUUUCUGCGGCCAAGCUGCUCGCCCUGACCCCCGUCUGCUGCUCCAGCGGGAUCACCCUGACGCUUGGGAACCAAGAGAGGGAUUAUAUUCUCUGGUCAAAGUGCACGCAUGAUAGUCCAGAAAUUUUUAGAACCAAAGUAGCUGGUGGGACAAAGCCUUGGCAGCCCGAUGAGUUGCAUUCCCAUCCAUUGCCUGUGUCCCCCCGCCCGGUUCUGACUUGUGUGUCUCCCGGGGCAGGGCCCUCAGAGCAGCCGCCCCCAGAGGCGUUCUCGCCGUCGGCCUGCAUCGUGGAGUACGGCAGAGCCUUGGACAUCAGCUACCUGCAGUACCUCUGGGAGGCCCACACCAACAUCCUCCGCUGCAUAAGGGAUUGCCACGUGUGGUCCGCCCUAUACGAUGGAGACUCCCCCGACCCCGAGGCGCUUUGCCCGGCUCUGCCGGGCCCGCCCGAGGAGAGGGCUCCCAGAGCCACCUACCCUGUGCUCAGGCUCCCGCAGCAGGUCCCGGGGACGACGGGGCCCCAGGUGGCUCCCGGAAAGGAGAAGAGCCACACGGAGCUGGAGUGGGACGACAGCUACGACGCCGGGAUCUCCUCGGGGGUGGGCGGGGGCUGCCCUGGGCCAUAUGAGGAUGCAGAGAACUCGGGCCCCCCGGCCCCCGUGGAUCCUCCCAGACACAUCCAGGAGAUGAAGAAGAACGCCAUCCUGCUCUUCAAAGGGGCCUACAUCGAAGAGUCCGACUUCCAGGACGACGUGAUGGUGUACAGGUUGUGUGCUGAGAAGGAUGCUGAGGACAGCAGCGGUUCACGGGAGGACGCCGCGAGGCCCCCAACCCAAGCCCAGACCCAGGUCCAGGGUCCCCCCGUGAGCAACGGCCCCCUGCCCGGCCCUCAGCCAGAGACAGAUUCAGAGGAGGAACAUGGUAGGGACGAUUCGGACGUGUUUCACGGUGUGUCCAAGGAACCAGGAGGAGAGAACGAGCCUGAAGUCGCCCUAGAAUCAAGCCCCGAGUUAGCGGCCCCCGCCCCCGAGGCAGAGCACGGCGCACGCCUGACAGUGACUAACCCCGAGGGUGAAGAUUUCAUUGCCCAGUAUGACCAAAUCAUUAAAGAACUGGAUUCCAGCACCGAGGGCUUGAUGGAGCAGAAUUUCUCCUCACCUGAUCCCUUGCUUCUUACAAAGGAGCCGGAAGAGGAGGAAGAUGAGAGCAAAGGAGAAGAGGAGGAGGGGAAGAAGGAAGCAGAAGGGGAGGAGGAUGACUUUGACCCUUUCGUGGCUGAGGCUCCUGCCGCAGAGACCCAGCCGUCCCCGUUCGGAGCGAGAGAUGAGGCUGCCUUUGCCCGUCACCGUCCCGCGAGGACUCAGAGCACCCCGUUCACAGGCCCGUUCAUCAGUGUGGUCCUGUCCAAGCUGGAGAACAUGCUGGAGAACUCGCUGCACGUGAAUUUGCUGCUCAUCGGCAUCGUCACGCAGCUGGCCAGCUACCCGCAGCCCCUCUUGCGCUCCUUCCUGCUCAACACCAACAUGGUCUUCCAGCCCAGCGUGCGCUCCCUCUACCAGGUCCUCGCGUCUGUGAAGAACAAGAUUGAGCAGUUCGCCUCUGCGGAGACAGACUUCCCGGGCCUCCUCAUCCAAGCCCAGCAGUACCUGCUCUUCCGCGUGGACCUGUCCGACCCGAGCCCUGAGGCACCCACCAAAGUUUCAGAUCCCGUUCAGGACGCCUCCAGGACAGGGAGCGGCAGGAGUUUCCUGGAUGGCCCCCCACGAGUGCUUCAGCCCUUCCUGACGAACAGAGCCAAGGCGGCCGGGGCGCCCCCCAGCCUGCCCCCACCCGUGCGGGACGCCAUGCUGGCGGCCGCCCUCUUCCCCGAGUUCCUGAAGGAGCUGGCUGCCUUGGCCCAGGAACACUCCAUUCUCUGCUGCAAGAUCCUGGGCGACGCGGAUGACAGCCGCCGUUAGCUUUUUCUUUUCACAUAGAGGUUCUUGUUUUUUUAAGGUUUUAGUGUCUUGACUGAACGUUAAAUGCAAAGCUGCUUACAGACACCUCUACUUUGAGACUUCCUGACGAUACUUGAUACGUGGGGAGGGGGGUUUUCUGUGCACCUCGUCUCCCCAGCCGGAUCUUCCCACCUUGUACCCCCUAGAAUCUAAGUCUUGGCUCAGUUUUUC